GGAAGACUUCGUGCUCCUAACCUCAAAGUCUUCUCUUUCGCCUCUUCAAGCACCAUUUCUUAACUCCUCCAGCCCUUGGUCAGCCCGAAUAAUUUUUUUGCCAAUCAGUUAGAUGCUCUGGCUUGUUGCCCAAACAAGAGCAUGAAUCCCAUUCAGAGUCCAGAGAGAGCAACGAGGGAGAGGAUGCCGCCGCGCCGAGCAUGAUAUGAUAUUGAAGAAGAAAUUUCUCUGGUAAUCUUCUGCCUCCCUUUUCCGGAUUCAUGAUUCACACUCUCAUAUCACGGGUGCAGUGUUGAUCAUGAGUUCUUGUGGAAUGUGGGUUUAUGGGAUCGAGUGACUUCAUUUUGCGUUCUGAAUAAAUCUGAAAAUGUACCUUGGGAUGCUUUGCUUAUAUUUUCCUCUGAACUUGUCCACUGCCCAUAUUCCAAGAGUAUCAUGGUUGGAGACCUGAAUUGUCUUUGACAGUUAUAUCUUUGUAAGAUUGAUGUUGUCUCACGUUUAGUAUGCACAUUUCAUUUUCGUGUACAGAGCAACCUUCUGGCUAAUCUGAUCCACUGGGGCAAAGAUGGGCAAAGUGCCAUCACAGAAGGACCUCUUUGAGGUUUCAGGUCCUACCUAUUUGACAUACGUUAAUUGGAACUGCCCACACCACCAGCGAUCGGCCAUGGCGAGCCUCGUGCAAGGCGUGUACGUCCUGGAGCGUGACCGGCAACGGAACCGCCAGGGCCCCGACGCCCGCGCGCCGGCGUGGUGGAAGUUCUUCAACUUCGAGCUGCGGCAGGCGCUCGUGGACGCCGCCGACUCCUCCAUCUUCGGCGCGGUGUACGCGUUCCAGCCGCCGUACCACCUCAUCGACCCAGCGGCGGCCGCCAGCGCGCCGCACUACGUCGUCGCCUUCCGAGGGACCGUCACCAAGAAGGCCUCGGCGUCCAGGGACCUCGAGCUCGACCUCCUGCUCGUCCGGAGCGGCAUCGAGCACACCUCCCGCUUCCGCAUCGCGAUGCAGACCAUCCACGACGUCGUGGUUGCCGCCGGGGCGGGGCACGGCCGCGUCUGGCUGGCCGGCCACUCGCUGGGGUCCGCCAUCUCAACCCUCGCCGGAAAGACCAUGGCCCGGGCGGGCGUCGUCCUCACCACAUUCCUCUUCAACGCGCCGUUCCUGUCGGCGCCGGUGGAGAGGAUCCCGCACAAGAAGGUGAAGCAGGGCAUCCGCAUCGCCAAGAGCUUCGUCACGGCCGGGGUGGUCACCGUCCUGCACAAGAGCGGCGGCAGCAGCGACGAAGCCUUCGCGGCGCUGGCGCGGUGGGUGCCGAACUUGCUGGUGAACCCGGCGGACCCCAUCAGCGCGGAGUACGUGGGGUACUUCGACCACCGCAAGAAGAUGGAGGACAUCGGCGCGGGCGCCGUCGGGAGGCUGGCCACGAGGCACUCGGUCAAGGACCUGCUUCUGGGCAUCGGCAAGCCGGAGGGCUGCGAGCCGCUGCACCUGUUCCCUUCGGCCGUCCUGACGGUGAACCGCGGCCCGUCGCCGGACUUCAAGUCGGCCCACGGGAUCCACCAGUGGUGGCGGCCGGACUUGGCCCUGGAGUGCAGGGCCUAUUCCUACGCUUGAUCGGCUGGAAUAUAAGGCAAACCUCCUUUGGAUCCUGGUUCUAGAAACUGAAACUCGAAAAUGAUUUGUGUUGGCUGGAGAGCCUGAAACUGUCAACGCAGAAGAGAAGACAAGAUUUAUACUAAUUUUGAACUUUUGAUUCAAGGCAUGCCCAGUAGCAUACUUUGAGCAGAGAUCAUAAA